AAAUAUAAUUCAAAUUUGAUGAAAAAUAUAAUGAGUCAAAAACUAACUCCAUGAACUAAGGAGAAAAACACUCUCCGUCUAAUCUAAACCAUAACCAAAGAGGCUUAUAUCAACAAAUUCCAUUUCUGGCACCAAAAUUUGCAGAUAGGAAUAACACACAAGCUUUCAUUGUCUUUGAAGAGAACAUAAGCCAUGGAUUCUUUAAGAGGCCAAGGUGGGAUUCAGAUGCUUUUAACUGCUGAACAAGAAGCCGGACGGAUUGUUUCAGCUGCGAGGACCGCAAAACUAGCAAGAAUGAAGCAAGCGAAAGAUGAGGCUGAGAAGGAGAUGGAAGAAUACAGGUCUCGAUUAGAAGACGAGUAUCAAACUCAAGUUUCUGGGACGGAUCAAGAAGCAGCUGCAAAACGUUUAGAUGAUGAGACAGACGCCAGGAUUAAGAACCUUAAGGAAUCUAGUUCAAAGGUCUCCAAAGAGAUUGUAAAGAUGCUCAUCAAAUAUGUUACCACUACUGGAGCAUGAUUCUCACUACACCAACCUCAUAAUAUCUUAUUCUCCUCAUAAUAAAAUAUUGUUUUGAUUUUUCA